AUGUUUCUGUUGGACUGGUUUUACGGCGUCUUGGCAUCUCUCGGGUUAUGGCAAAAGGAGGCUAAGAUCCUGUUCCUUGGCCUCGACAACGCCGGCAAAACUACGCUCCUUCACAUGCUUAAGGAUGAGAGAUUAGUGCAGCAUCAGCCGACACAGUAUCCAACCUCGGAGGAGCUGAGCAUCGGCAAAAUUAAGUUUAAGGCUUUUGAUUUGGGUGGUCAUCAGAUCGCCCGUAGGGUUUGGAAAGAUUAUUACGCUAAGGUAGUCGAUGCUGUGGUUUAUUUGGUGGACGCGUAUGACAAGGAACGUUUUGCCGAAUCCAAAAAAGAACUCGAUGCACUCCUCUCGGACGAGUCACUCGCGAAUGUCCCGUUUCUGAUUUUGGGGAACAAGAUUGACAUACCUUAUGCAGCCUCGGAAGACGAGUUGCGUUAUCAUCUGGGCCUGACAGGUGUGACUACUGGCAAAGGGAAGGUGAAUCUUGCCGAUUCCAACGUGCGCCCUCUUGAGGUGUUUAUGUGUAGCAUUGUGCGCAAGAUGGGUUAUGGGGAUGGUUUCAAAUGGGUCUCUCAAUAUAUAAAGUAG